AAAAUGUUAAACGCUGAAGUUAGGCAGAAACGUUUAUGAGAAUUCAAGGGGUUAUAAUGUGUAACAUUUUAUAAGAAAGAUGCGUGUUUCGUUAAGCUUAUUAUUGUUUACUUUCUAUUCUAAUGGUAUAAAAAAAACUGCUUGACAUGGACACUUCAAUUAAACUGGAUCAUGAGUUGAAACAUGCCAUUGAUCAAAAUAUAAUGUCUGUUAUUCAUGUUUUCCGUGAUGAUAUUGGGGGGUAUUCACCAUUUUGUCUUAUCACAGCAGCCUAUUUUACAAAGCUUUGCCUUGUAGCCGUAAGGAGGUGGUGUAUCCCAAUUAUAUGCAGAAUUUUACUGCAGUCUUUUUCUUGGACAGUAUCUGUUAUUGUAAACCAACAGAAAACAACAUCAUAUUUGAGUAAUAUUUGUUUUUCUUUAAAUAAACGUGUGUUUUGUAUAGCGUUAAAGCCCAUUUAGACUGUUGGCAUAUAUGACAUACUGUUUUGGCGGGUGCCUUCGAGGGUACAAGUUAAUGAAAGGAAAUCUACUUUAAUUCCCUAUGAUUUGCGUUGCGUAGAUAUUGUAGCCCAGUAGCGUCGGUCGACAAAAACCUGCAGUGUGAAGGAGUAUGGCUCGUACCAAGCAGACGGCCCGUAAGUCCACUGGUGGGAAGGCACCAAGGAAGCAGCUGGCCACCAAAGCGGCCCGCAAGAGUGCGCCCUCUACUGGAGGGGUGAAGAAGCCCCACCGUUACAGGCCUGGUACCGUGGCCCUGCGUGAGAUCCGGCGGUACCAGAAGUCCACUGAGCUGCUCAUCCGCAAGCUGCCAUUCCAGCGCCUGGUGCGUGAGAUCGCCCAAGACUUCAAAACCGACCUGCGCUUUCAGGGGGCAGCCAUCGGUGCCCUGCAGGAAGCCAGCGAGGCGUACCUGGUAGGCCUCUUUGAAGACACCAACCUGUGCGCCAUCCACGCGAAACGCGUCACCAUCAUGCCCAAAGACAUCCAACUGGCACGUCGUAUCCGUGGUGAACGGGCCUAAACCUUUAGCGUCCAACAACAGUGUUUACAUUUAUAAAAUCUAUUCUUCCUUUCAUUUUGUAGCCAUGAAUGUUAGAUAUAUUUCUCUCAUAAGACCACACUGACAUUUAGGUAAAUUGAGAACAAGUUGGAAUGGUGAUGUAGCAUUUUUAUUUGUGUAUUAUUUUCCCUUUUGAUAUCUGUUUUGUAACCAACAAAAGUGUAGCUUUGCAAAAAAAGAAAAACUAGGAGAACUGUUGAAGUUUAAUACAGUGACAUGUUUUUCAGAAUAUACCACCAUGAACUAGCUGGAUUUUAAAAUAAGCAAGUGCUUUUAUUUAAAUAUUUUGUAUAAGUAAUGUCAAGGUCUAAAACCAUUUUCAUGUUUAAGCUCCAGAGAAAAAGUAUAUAAUAGUGGUUUUAAUGUUUGCACAUUUCAUGCAAAUUUGCUAGUAAAGCAUUAUUCAAGAAAAUUA